CUUGCUUUUUUCUUAGUGGAGGGCGCGUCCAAAGGUCGAGAAGACUUUGCUGCAGAAAAAAAAGGUUCUCCACCCAGUUUGGUCACUCUCACUACCUUCACCUCCGCCCCCAACUUGGCCCAUCGCUAGAGAGAGAUUCGUCAGAUGACACUCUUUGCCGUAGCCGACUUCUGCCUGAUCCCCAUGGGUACCGGCUCCACCUCUGUGGGCGCCUACAUUGCCGAGUGCCAGCGGGUGCUCGAGUCGCUCAAACAGGCUGGGAGCAUCGUCACGUACGAGGUUCACGGCUACGGCACCAAUCUCGAGGGACCCUUUGAGGCCGUCUCCAAGGCCAUCGAGCUUUGCCACGAGGCAGUUCACAAGAUGGGAGUGAGUCACAGUUUCUUUCAAUCAGGUGUAGCGAUUCUGAUAUUGACUGGAGCAGGCGCCUCGCAUCGCCACUGACAUUCGCAUCGGCACGCGAGUCGAUAAAGGGCCGGACUCAGGGCAGGAGGUGUGGGAGAAGGGAUUGGGAGAGAACGAAAGGAAGAGAGAGAGUGUUCGUCGUCAUUUGGAAGCCAAGAAUGUACCAUCUGCAUGAAGUUGAGGGUAAUAUGUACAGUACAGGUAGUCGCGGUGAUCAGAGGAGUAGUCUGGCGAUUGAAUGCGACCUAGGAAAUGAGCUCGCUGCCAGCUGCGCGCUCAAUUUGUGUAAUGAGGCUCUGUGGCUCCAAAUCUCGCCUCGCUGUGGAGGACC